AUGGGUAACGCAAACACGCCAACAAAAACAAACAGUGAACGUCAUGAAUCAACUCCAGUUGAGGAACCACUUGUUCAAACUCCAGAUGGACUGGAAAGCGACGCUUACUCUCUAAACGAAGAAGGCGACUCUUUGAUUCUUCUUAAAGAUGAAGAGAAAGAGGUGAAAAAGAGGCUAUUUGAGCACUAUGCAUUGUUGGAGGAAGCGGCUCUGGAGUAUGUAAGGAGCCGGCGAGAGACGAUCCAGCUAUUGGAGAGUCUUGCGAAUGAGCUGACCACUCAUCAUUGCAAUGCACAAUUUGCAAAGAUAUCUGGAGGAGCAGCGGCGAUACUUGGAUCUGGUUUGGCGAUCGUUGGAUUCGCUGCCUCGUUCUUCACUUUGGGGGCCUCCAUCGGACUACUGGCCGCGGGGGUGACAGUCGGUGCUGUCGGUGGGCUAGCUGCAAUAGAUGAAGUCAUGACCAAGAUGAUCUCCUCAAGGUUGACCACCAAGAAGGCCAAGCAGAUUCUGCUGCAAGACAACAACUCCUGUAAACUUUUGGUGGAAGCUAUAGAGGUCGUUGACAUCUCAUCACGAAAUCUUGUCACUACUUUGCGAGUCUCAAGCGGAGUCAUCGGAGGCGGUAAAAAAAUUCUCAACGUCGUCAACUCAGUGGCUGAUAUGGUGGAAGUGAGUUCAGUGACCGUGGAAGCAGCGGGGGGAGUUGGGCAGAGUGCUUUUAAGGCGGCGACUGCGGCGGGGAAGGGCGUUGCAAUCGCCGGCGUCGUGCUAAGCGUAGUUACGACCCCGAUUGAUUUGUUCAUGAUUAUAUCAUCUGCAAAGUACUUGCAGGAGAAGACAGUUCCGCAGGUCGCGCAAGGGAUCUAUGGCAUCGUUGAAGAAGUGGCCUGCCCCACGGAGAAGGAAAUACAACUCAACAUCUCUGAAAUGAAAUGCCGACAACUGAAAUUUUUCAUGGAGACCAAAACUCCGUAG